GAUUUGUGUACAAUUGAAAAUUAAGUUAUAUCAACAUGUCUUUAAGUAUUGAAAAGCAAAUUGAAUUAUUAUUAGCUGGUCAACCUUUAGAAAUUGAUGGCAAGCAUGAAACUAACCGUGCUGUACAAAAUGAAAUAAUAGGAACAAAAGGAACUGUUAAUAACUAUGUCCCAAUUUGCCAAAAAACUGUGACAUAUAUUGUCGCUGCUGUUAUCAUAAAUAAUCAGGAAGAAGUAUUGAUGAUUCAAGAAGCAAAGUCUUCUUGCCAUGGGAAAUGGUAUUUACCAGCUGGUAGAGUUGAUCCCAAUGAAACUUUAUUAAAUGCUAUUAAAAGAGAAGUUUUAGAAGAAACAGGCCUUAUAUUUCAACCAGAAACAUUGAUAUUAGUAGAGUGCGCAAGUGGUUCGUGGUUUAGAUUCGUAUUUAAUGGUAAAAUAACUGCUGGUAACUUGAAAACAUUAGAGCAAGCGAAUGAAGAAUCAUUGCAAGCAAGUUGGGUGCAUAAUAUAAAUGAUCUACCAUUGAGAUCACACGACAUUGUUUCUUUGAUAGAAAGAGGCAAAAGUUAUGUCAUGAAUAAAGAUAUUUCACAACAUCCAUAUUUAACACCAGUCAGUAGGCCACUGAAUAAACUAUUACUGCGACUUACAAUCACAUCAAAGAAAAGAGCAACGAAUAAAUUACAUGUUCUUGUAUCGGAUACAACACCGUAUUGUUUACCGGUCUGUGAAAUUAAUCCGAAUCGCAGUCUUCUUUCUACUUUACAUAGUUUUAUGGAAGAACUGUUUGGAAAUGAAGUUGCACAACAUAAACCGCAUGGUAUACUCUCUGUAGAGUUCAGUGGGGGUCAAGGAGGAGAUGGACUAUGUUUAACAAUAUUAGUAUCGUUCAAAUUGCCGGUAGAAGAUGUACUUGCUAUUGGAAAAUAUGUUUGGUAUGAAUUACCUGAAAAUUUAGCUACAAGUAUUACUUAUCGUUUACCGCGAAACAUGACUGUACCUUUAAACGUAAUACGAUAAUCUGAUGCAAUAUUUUCAUAUAACAUGCAUUCAAAAUUUAAAAUAUUAAAUAUUUCAUUAAUUUUCGAUUUACCUGUAAAAUUAAAACUUAUUUAAAAUUCAUGCAUGAUGUAAAUGAAAUAUCAGAAUUACUUAAAAUUUAAAAACAAUUUGAAAUCUACACGAUAAAAAUCCUUAAUUACUAUAUUAUAUUAAAGCACAAAUUAAAAUGGAAUGAUUAAUAUACACAUAUACAUUCCAAGCACAGUUGUAACACAUCAUUACAUUAACCAGGUAUAUGUAUACACCUAUUAUUAACAAUACCUAACAAUAUUAGAGAAAUAUUUAUGAUCAUAAAUUUAUGUUUAUCCUAGUCUAUACCAAUGACUUUUUUUAACAAGAAUAAAUAUAUAAUUUGUAUCUCCCAUAAAAAUUUAUAAUAUAAUACGAGACUUUAAUCAUCUAUAUAAAUCUUUAUAUUGUUAAAUAAAAGCUGCUAGUGUUUCCGAGUAGCAUUACAAUUAUUUAAAGCUCUCUUUAUUUCGAGAUUAUAGAUGCACAGAAAAAUUUGUGUAUGAUUUUUGUACUUUUAUCUUUAUAUGUUAUAAAACAAAAGAAUUUUGUUAUUAUUAUUUACAUUCCAAAUAUCUGAUGGAUCAUAUAUUUAAUUAUUUGUCGAGCAUAAAAUAAAAACGCACACACAUAUUCUGUAUCAAGCAAAGUAGACUUCUCCAAGAAAAAUGCCGUUAUAGGUAAAGCAAAAAUUCUUAAAAUCAUCUUAAUAUUUACGAUAUUACUAUUAAAAAUGAUUUAAAAACAAAAUAAUAUAUUUUUUAAUUAUUAAAUAUAAAAUUUAUUAUAUAAUUAGAAGUAAAAUCAAUUCAAAUUCUUCCCCGUAAACGUUUAUGCGCAAGUGGUGGGAGGACAUAAACCUAUACAUGUAUACAUAUGUAUAGGGCUAUCGACUCUGGGAAAGCCUACUAUACUCGGUACUGUACAUGCAGUAAUAUAUAUUAUAUAUAAAGAUGUAAUAUUCCAUAAAUUUGAUGUAUUAUUACAUUUGUGGAAUAAUAUGUAUUGUAAAUAUACAUCAUAUAAUGAGUAUGUAUUACAAUAUAUUCUUAAAUGAUGUAUGAUAGAAAAUGAUUUAGUAUUUUUUGAAUACUAAAUGCUUUUAAAGCUUUCAGGAGUAUUUAUAUAGAUUGAUUUUGUAAUGAAUAAAGUAUUUAUUAACAAUGUAUAAUUAAAGCAGUUGUUAUAUCUUCUACAAUGAAUAAAACACUUCACUAAGUCAGUGCUUCAUAGAAAUUUAUUUUAUAUUUAAUUGGAGAGGAUUGGAUAUGUCCAGAAUAUAGAUAUGAAAAUUUUAAUAUUAAUAUUACGUUAUUCUACAAUUUAAAAUAUCACAGAAAUAU